CGCUGUUACUCCGGCUCCUCCAGGCCUGUAGUGACCCGCCUCGUCUGUUCCGGGCCCCGGCCCGCGGCUGCGGCGCUGACGUGGCUCCUGGAGGUGGGGCUGGCGCGGGACCGCCAUGUUGCAGCAGGACAGUAAUGAUGACAUUGAAGAUGUUUCACUGUUUGAUGCAGAAGAGGAGACAACUAGUAGGCCAAAAAAAUCCAAAAUCAGACACCCAGUGGCAUCAUUUUUCCAUUUAUUCUUUCGAGUCAGUGCAAUUAUAGUCUAUCUUCUCUGUGAAUUGUUCAGCAGCAGCUUUAUUGCCUGUAUGGUGACAAUUAUCUUGUUGUUGUCAUGUGACUUUUGGGCAGUCAAGAAUGUCACAGGUAGACUAAUGGUUGGCCUGCGCUGGUGGAAUCAUAUUGAUGAAGAUGGAAAAAGCCAUUGGGUGUUUGAGUCCAGGAAGGCCUCUUCUCAAGACAGUAAAACUGUUUCAGAGGCUGAGUCAAGAAUCUUCUGGUUAGGACUCGUUGCCUGUCCGGUGCUGUGGGUAAUAUUUGCCUUUAGUGCCCUCUUCUCCUUCAGAGUGAAGUGGUUGGCGGUGGUUAUCAUGGGUGUGGUGCUGCAAGGGGCCAACCUGUAUGGCUACAUCAGGUGCAAAGUGGGCAGCAGGAAGAAUUUAACCAACAUGGCUACAUCGUACCUUGGAAAGCAGUUUUUAAGACAAACCACUGGAGACGAUCAGACCUCCUGAAGAGAGUGAGGGAGCCUGCGUGUUCUUUCCAUUGGGAACAACUGAAGGGGGUCUUGACUCUGAACCUUUAGAACUCAGUACCUAUUGCAAAGAGGAGUGUUGGGUGACGAAACAGGACUUCAGGUUACUGACUGACUUGCCCAAGGAGACACUGAUUACAGGAAGACCCAUCAGGACAUAUUACUGAUUUUAGAGGAAAUAUUUGUCUCUAAAUGUCCUUUCCUUUCGUACGAAUCAUUAAUUUACUAAGUCAUUAAUUUGCCAGUGGUGCUCGAGAUGGUGCCUCGGCCAGCUGGGUCCCUGGGUGGCUUGUAGAGCAGAAUCCCCCACCUGCUCCUGUUGGACAAAUGGCAUAGUUGUUGAAAUCCAACAAUGCUAUGGACCAGUCUUCACGGCAUCGGACAACAGGUGGUGCACAAUUGUGGUGCCUGAGAAAAGGGAUAACAAUGAAGUGAGCCUUGUAAUCGCCUGGGCUUUCUGCCUGGAGGCAAUUUGACACCAGGAUCAGGGAGGAGGAGCCCAGAGAGAGGCAGGCAGCCGCCUUGAGUUGUGAGAUCAAAGAAGAUCCAAAGAAGCCAGCCCAGGCUUCCAGACCCCUGGGGGUCCCUCCACAAGCACCGCCAGGCUUUCUUCUCUGUUCCUGCUGUUGCCUCCGUCCUGGCGCCCUGCUGUGGCGGCCCCAAGCCUCACUGUGUCUGGAACCUGCAGUCUGCCCUGGAGACGAGAGACCCCAGAGCAGGGGAGAUACUGAUGAAAGAUGGGAUUUAGGAUAAUUACAGUCUCAACCCCUUGGUGUGCCGUUCAGAGGCCUGUCUUCUAUUACCUGGCCUUUCUGGAGUCUGGGUCUCCACAAGCAAAAAUGAUUAGAAAAAAUAUUCCAUGCUUUCUCUCCUCUGAACCCAAGUGACUCUGGUAACAUUUCGUCAUAAAAGUCACAUCCAGCGUAGUAGCCGGUGUCUC